AAAUAAAAUUUCUCUCGAUGGAAUCAUUUCUUCUACAACCAAAGGUAUAUAUGAUUGUAAUAAACUCUAACUUUAAGAGUAGAGGGCUGCAAAGAAUUUCAUCAUGCAUGACGAUCUUAGAAUAAAUAUCAACUUAAUCUCAAGUCAAAAUGGACUGGCCCGCGAGGCAUCAAAUUUCAAUACCACUAGAACAUGUACUAUAGACUAAAAUAAUCCUGGAGAAUGGUUUGGGAGGAAUCUUGACUGUGGUUUCCACCAUCCUCACUACUCUCAGGAAUUAGCUUAAUGUAAUGGAAGGCUCCAGUCUUUUCUUUCCUCUUGCUUUUGUCCUACCUCUUCUCAUCCUCCUAUUCAUUCUCAAGCACUUCAAAGCUUCAUCAUCAAAGUCCCUCCCACUUCCUCCAGGUCCAAAUCCAUGGCCUUUAGUAGGCAAUCUCUUUCACAUGGGAAAUAUGCCUCAUGUUACUCUGUCAAACUUUGCCAAAACAUAUGGCCCUCUCAUCUCUCUGAGACUAGGUACACAAAUUAUGGUUGUUGCUUCAUCACCUGCUGCAGCCAUAGAAAUUCUUAAGACCCACGAUCGUGUUUUUUCUGCAAGACAUGUUCCUCAGGCCGUACCGGUCGAGAGAUCAAAACUCAACCAUGUAUCACUUGGAUGGAGUCUUGAAUGUGGUGAAGGAUGGAAGUAUUUGCGAACAAUUGUUCGUACUGAGCUGUUCUCGGGAAAGGCUAUAGAGUUUCAAGCCCGUUUGCGAGAGAAAAAAGUUAUGGAGAUGAUGAGGUUUAUAGGUGCAAGGGAUGGUCAGGUGGUGAAUAUUGGAGACGUAGUAUUUACUGUUGUGUACAACAUGUUGAGUAACAUUCUUUUAUCCAAAGACAUUUUCAGCUUUGAGGACAACAAUGGAGGGGAUGGAACGAUGAAAAUGGUUGUAAGAACCUUCAUUGAGACACUUAGUUCCCCAAACAUGUCAGAUUACUAUCCGAUCCUAAGUGGAUUAGAUCUUCAGGGUCUAACAAAGAAGGCCAAAAGAACAGGUGAAAAGAUCCAUGCUUCCUGGACUUCCAUCAUCAAGGAAAGGAGAGAAAUUAAACAAGAGUUUUCAAGAGAUCGAGAUUUCCUGGACUGUAUGAUCGAAAACAAUUUUGCAGAUGACUUAACCAAUCAACUACUACUGGAACUGUUCACAGCUGGAACAGAUACCAAUACCUCAACCAUUGGAUGGGCGAUGGCAGAACUAAUAAAGAAUCCAGAAUUCAUGAAAAAAGCUUUGGAAGAACUUGAAAGGGAAGUCAAAGAAAAUGAGGUGAAGGAAUCCCAUUUACCUCAAUUAACAUACCUACAAGCCUGUGUCAAAGAAACCUUGAGGCUGCAUCCUCCAGCACCACUUCUCCUUCCUCAUCGAGCACCUGAAACUUGUGAAGUGAUGGGGUACUCAAUACCUGAAAACUCUCAAGUAAUAGUAAAUGUGUGGGCACUCGGACGAGACUCCAUGCACUGGAAAGAUCCACUGGCCUUCAAGCCAGAGCGGUUUCUGGACUCGCCAUUGAAUUUCAAAGGUAAUGACUUUGAGUUCUUACCUUUUGGGGGUGGACGAAGAAUCUGCCCAGGACUUCCGAUGGCUGCGAAGCUCGUACCCUUGGUUCUUGCUUCACUGCUCCAUUUCUUUGACUGGUCACUUCCAAAUGGAGCCAAUCCCAGGGAACUAGAUAUGAACGAGAAGUUUGGUGUGACACUGCAGAAGGAACAACCUCUGCUUCUCAUUCCUACUUCUAGAAUGGCGAAAUAAACAAACCAGAACUCUCCACUCAUUUCAUGUCCAAAAUAUUUGUACCUCCGGUCACAACGCAAAGGUAAUUAGUCAUUUAGUUGCUGUCUAAUGUGCAUGUGAAAUUGUUUGUAAGGAUAUCAUGCUAAAACAAAAUAUAUAUGUAAGCUGGGAAGAAGAUUAUACAUCUUUGCUUUUUCCCUUUUUUUC